UGGCAGAAACAGAGGCCAUCCAGAGCAGACUGGCAGCUGAACUGAACAUCAGUUCAAGCCGUGACGCGGAUCUUUUCCACUCCGGUCCGAAGCUCAAGGCUCACACACACACACACCUCUCUCCUCUCUCCUCUCGCUACUCCUCCUGGCUUCACCUCCGGGCAACACGGACUUCCAUGGAACAUCGUCCCUUCCCUCUUCAUGGACUUUAACUGCGAGUAAUCACCCCUAAGGUAACAAACGCACAAGACGCGUCUCGUCAGUGCGCCCUCUCCACUUUCUGCAACUGCAGCCAAUAUCUUUACGAACUGGAACUUGUCUGCGCUGCGUCAGAGGAGAGCGAAUUUAACGCAGGUGGAGGUUUAAUCCAACAGAAGGAGAAGUUAAAUGAGGAUUUGUUUUUUGGGACGACAAACAACAACAACCUUGCACUCAUUUGGACUGCUGGAUCUGGAUCACCGUGGCUGGUUUGUGGCUGAUGGGCAGCCCAGCUCCUCUAGUACUCGGCUAUACAAAUAAAAUACCAACAUGUUGACUUCGACAAAUAAACGUUUUCUACAAAUAACCUGUUUAUUAUAUUAGAGAAUUUUCUUCUUUCGUAUAUUUUUUUCGCUGCUGAAUAUUCCGGCAACAAGACGACCAACCAACCGGACCAGGUGCGCGUCAAACCAGCGCAGAGAAGAGAAGCGAAGAGAAGCGAAGGGAGUUGUAACAAAGAAGGCUGAAACUGUAUCACGACAGAAUACACUAUUGACAUUCAAGGUACUUCUUUUUUUUCUGGAGGAAAAUAUAACAAAAGCAGCAAGUUUGUCCGGAGAAGUAGAGAGGAGAUGACUGCCAACAGCGUCCUCCUGCUCUUCAUUCUCUCUCUCACAAGCAGCAGGGCAGAGAAUGCAGAAGAGCGGCUGGUGAACUACCUGUUGGGUCCAGAGCGCUACAACAAACUGAUCAGACCAGCCGUCAACAAGAGCCAACAGGUCACCAUCUCCAUACAGGUGUCUCUGUCACAGCUCAUCAGUGUAAAUGAGAGGGAACAGAUAAUGACGACCAACUUGUGGCUGUUUCAGGAGUGGAAUGAUUACAGGCUGAGAUGGGACCCAGAGAAGUACGAAGGCAUUAAGAAACUACGAAUACCAUCCAAACACAUCUGGCUUCCUGAUAUAGUGCUCUACAACAAUGCUGAUGGCGUGUACGAGGUUUCCUUCUAUUGCAAUGCUGUGGUCUCCAACACAGGAGACAUCUUCUGGCUUCCCCCGGCCAUCUACAAGUCGGCCUGCGCCAUCGAGGUGCAGAACUUCCCCUUCGACCAACAGAACUGCACCCUCAAGUUCCGCUCCUGGACCUACGACUACACAGAAGUGGAUCUAAUCCUCACGAGCGACUUUGCCAGCCGUGACGACUUCACGCCAAGCGGAGAGUGGGACAUCGUCUCGCUCCCGGCGCGCAAAAACGAAGACCCCCAUGACAUCACCUACCUGGAUAUCACCUAUGAUUUUGUGAUCAAGAGGAAGCCGCUGUUUUACACCAUUAACCUGAUCAUCCCGUGUGUGCUGAUCACGUCGCUGGCCAUCCUGGUGUUCUACCUGCCGUCAGAUUGCGGGGAGAAGAUGACGCUGUGUAUCUCAGUGCUGCUGGCACUCACUGUGUUCCUGCUGCUGAUAUCAAAGAUAGUGCCACCCACCUCUCUCGCAGUGCCACUCAUAGGUAAAUACUUGAUGUUCACCAUGGUGCUGGUCACUUUCGCCACUGUGACCUCGGUCUGCGUCCUCAAUGUGCAUCACCGCUCCCCAUCCACCCACCACAUGCCCGACUGGGUCAAACGCUUCUUCUUAGUCCGCCUCCCCACCUUCCUCUUCAUGAGGCGUCCAGGCUCUUCCAAUGUCCAUGAUAAACUCCGCAGGAAGUACGCCAACCGGAGUACCGUCGGGAAAAACAAUUCCCAGAGCGGCACCGGCAAGAGGCAGUAUUCCAACAUCGGACUCGGUGGGGUCCGAACAGAUGCCGACUCUUUCUACGUGAAUGAAGACUUGGCACGCAAGUUUUGCUGGAAGGUGGACGAUAUCCCAGAUGGGGGCGGCGGGUUUUCAGACUUCCGGAAGCCUUUGGCUGUUCAGUGGGAUGCAGAUGUGGAGGAGGCAGUGGAUGGAGUGAGAUACAUCGCUGAACACAUGAAGACAGAAGACUACGAUGAACGGAUCAUUCAAGACUGGAAGUACGUAGCCAUGGUGAUAGACCGUCUGUUCCUGUGGAUCUUCAUCCUGGUGUGUGUGGUGGGAACUCUGGGGCUCUUCAUGCAGCCGCUGUUCCAAAGCUAUAACACACCCAAUGCUGAUGACACAGAGUAUGGAGAUUUCUAGGAUUUCUGUGACAUGAGAUAGAAAAACCGACGAAUAUUCAUCUCUCGUUUAACUGUAACUUAGAAGCUGCACAGGUCUGGCUCUGAUCGGUCUUUGCUGGUUGGAUCUGAUACCAGCCUAAUCAAUGCAGCCAGCUACAUUGGUUGCGUUUGCAACAGUGGAACUCAAAUAAAAAAUCAUACUGGGACACUUUUUUUUUUUUUUUAAACUGCAUGGCUUCUAUUUCUGAUGGACUACGCCUCCAUCCAUGCUCCGCCAUCAUCACAGGCAUGGCAAUCUUGAUUUACUUUUUAUAACUCAAAAUCUGUGCAACGUCUAACAAGAUGACAUUGUCAUGGAGCCAAGAUGGUGCCUGUGCACAGUUUCUGACACAACAUACAAGACAGUUGCGGACUAUUCUCCCAAGAACAACCACAAACCACAAAAAAUGCUGGUAAUUUGUUGUCUUUGUUUCAUUUUGGACUGUCUGUGCUGCGGAUGGAACAGUUGGAGCUCUUAUGUGAAAUGGAGGCACAAAGGUUCAUUACACAUAACAGCGACUAUAAGACCACCAGGUCUUCUCUCCUCAGCAGCACCACUGGUGUGAACAAAAAGAAGAAGAAAUUAUACCAUUUGUUCUUGUUGGAACAGUACAAUGGACCAUAAUUUCUCCUUUUUCAAACCAAGCUUUCUUGUAACAACGCAAGGACAACUUGUCCUAUCCACUUUUUCUCUUCAUGAAAAUAUUAAUGCAUCAUCUCUCUUGCUAUGUCCUUUUCCAUGUUCUGCUUCAGAGCUUUGUGCCUCAUAUCCAGCAUCCACCUCCCAAGCACUGUUGUAAUCCUUAAUGCAUUGUCUUAUUUUGAAGAAUGUGUAUUCUCUUCUUGCUUUCUCUCUCACAUGUUUGGUUAUUCUCCCAUUUUAUCUCUUUUGUGUUCCAUAUCAUAUCACACACAGUGUUAAGAAUAAAUAUGACACUGACUGUACUGUAUUACAUGUUGAAUAAAAAGCUCUGUAUUUUA